AUGCCCCCGCCACUCCGCCGCGCCCGCCCGGCCUUCUGCAUCCCGCUGUGCGCGACCCCCAGCCGCCCGCAUCGCCCGCCGCGCGCGCUGGCCGCGGCGGCUGCCGCCCUCGCGCUCACGCUUCUGCCAUGCCGCCCGCCGCCGGUGCUUGCGGCGCCGCCGCCGCCGGCCGCCUCCCUUAGCGCGCCGACCCUCUUCGACCGCGACUUCCUGCACCACUUCCAAAUCCGCCACGCCUCCGCCCCGCCGGCCCCGUUGUCUCUGCCGCCGCGCCCGUCCGUCGCCGCCGAAAUCCGCGUCCUCACGCGCCUCGUCGUCGCCCUCGUCGUCGGCGGCUGCAUCGGCAUGGAGCGCCGCGCCGCAAACUCCCUCGCCGGCGUGCGAACCUUCUCGCUCGUCUCGCUGGGCGCCGCCAUCUUCAUGAUCACCAUCCUCGUCGCGUUUCCUGCCGCGGACCCGGCCCGGAUCGCCGCCGCUAUUUCUAGCUCCGUCGGCUUCCUGGGCGCCGGUGCUAUGCAUAAGAACGCAAAGCACCACCGCGGCCUCACUACCGCGUCCAGCGUGUGGCUGGCCGCCGCUUUGGGAAUCGCCGCCGCGAGUGGUAUGUUCUUGCUUUCGUUUACGGGUGCGGUUAUCACCGUCUUGAUCGCGCGCUACGCACGCUUCGACUCGUCGCUGCAGCUCAUUCGGGAUGACCCUAGCUUCUCGGGCCUACGCGACGAGCCGGACGGCUUGAAGCGUCACUAUGCGCCCAAUCCAACCCGCAGCAAUGGCUAUGAAUACGCUGCUACACGGAGAAGGGGCGAUGCCACUGUGACUCAUGAGAUGGUCGAAGGCCCGAUGAAGUUUGAAAAAGGAAGUGGUAAGGCGUGGACGGAUCCUGUACAUUUGCAGGCCUUAGUAGAUUAUGAUCCCUCUUCUCAAGCUGCGCGAGAUGGUGAUGAUGACGAUCUUGAUGAUGGGAAUACGGCAUGA